AUGGACCGCGGAUUGAACGAACUCCUCAAAUGGAGUGUCGAAAACUCAGAAGCCUCAAGACAAUCAAUAGCAAACAUCAACGAUGACCCGAAUAAUCCGAAUCCAAUACCCCCUCCUACACUUAACGGCCUCAAUGAAGCAGCCCUGAGGGCCUUAAUGGGUGGUCCGUCAGAUGCCGACCUUAUGAAAGAAUCCAUGGCAGCUUUACUCUCCGACGAAGUUGAUUUGGAGAACAAGAUAGUCGCAUUCGAUAAUUUUGAGCAAUUGGUUGAGAACAUUGAUAAUGCGAACAAUAUGGAACCACUGGGUUUAUGGACGCCUCUUGUGGGAUUGCUUCAACACAAGGAAGCUGACAUGAGGCGCAUGGCUGCCUGGUGUAUAGGCACCGCAGUCCAGAAUAAUGAGAAGGGUCAGGAUAAAUUACUCGUCCUCAAUGUCCUACCCACCUUGGUGUCGCUUGCCACGACCGAUCCAGACUCGAAAGUCCGCCGAAAAUCCGUAUAUGCACUUUCAUCUGCUGUUCGCAACUUCCAGCCCAACAUGGAUGAAGUCUUUUCACAUCUACCCGCCGACUACAAGACAUCAGAUCAUGUAGACGCUGGUGAUAUGGAGGCUAUCGACACCAUCUUAAACAAGCUCCGAGAAGCUCCAAUCUGA